CUGCGUUUCUUAAAACUCUCUGUCUUCAAAAUAUGAAGAACAUCAUGAAGAAUCCAGCUGCCUUUAUAUCAAGCUUUUUAAUCUUCCUAGUUCUUUUCUCAUGUUUAACAUCAACCGCAGCUGAAGAAGUUGAGAAUGAGAGAGAAUUUGAUUAUGCAGAAGGGAGCGAGAAGGGGCCACUUCAUUGGGGAGAAAUCCAUGAAGAAUGGGCGUCUUGCAAGAAUGGAAGCAUGCAAUCUCCCAUAGAUAUGUCAAGUGAGAGAGUCAAAUUGAUUCCCAAGUUAGGGAAGCUCAAGUGGAAUUACAGGUCUUGCAAUGCCACUGUCAAUAACAGGGGCCAUGACAUUUCUGUACAUUGGAUAUGUGAUCAUGCAGGAUCAAUACAGAUCAACGGCACUGAUUACUUUCUCAAGCAAGGCCACUGGCACUCCCCUUCUGAGCAUUCCAUCAAUGGCAGGAGGUAUGACUUGGAGCUGCAUAUGGUACACGAAACCUUGAACCCAGGUGUAAAAAACAUUGCUGUGGUUGGACUCCUCUACAAGAUUGGCCCGCCCGAUUCUUUCCUCUCAAAGUUGAUGAGAAACGUACAUUCCAUGAUUGAUAAAGAGGAUCAUAGGAAGAUGGGGGUGAUUGAUCCUGCAGAAAUCAAGAUGGGUGGCAAGGAGUACUACAGAUACAUUGGCUCACUCACUAUUCCUCCAUGCACCGAAGGUGUUAUUUGGACUAUCAAUAAAAAGAUAAGCACAGUCUCAAGAGAGCAAGUGAAGUUACUUAGAGAGGCGGUCCAUGACUAUGCUGAGAGGAAUGCAAGACCAUUUCAACAACUCAAUCAUCGUGAGAUCCAGCUCUUUGGCCCAAAACCAUAG